AUGUCCAAGGUGAAACACUUUCUGCGCAAGCUUCACAUCGGCGAUCACCAUCUGAGGCCUCCGGCCGCGCUCGAUCCUUCACCUCGGACAGAUUCUCCACCGGCGCCACAGCCGCCGGCCACCUCUUUGCCGUCGCCGUCUGAUUCGGCUCAAGUGGCGACGGAAAACGGGACUAGCUCGAGCGGCGGCAGCUUCAAUUUCUUCGAGGAGGAGUUCCAAAUGCAGCUGGCGAUGGCGAUUAGCGUAUCGGAUCCGGGUCAGAGCCGCGUUGACCCGGAGACCGCUCAAAUUAAUGCGGCAAAGCAGAUUAGCCUCGGCUGCUCCCCUUCCCAGAAGCCCUCUGAGUUUAUGUCGCUCCGAUAUUGGAGCUGUAAUGCUGUGAAUUAUGAUGAGAAAGUAGUGGACGGGUUCUAUGAUGUUUGUGGAGUAGAUUCAAAUUCGGUGGUCCUAACGAAAAUGCCAUCACUAGCUGAACUGGAAGCAAAUUCUGCCUUGGAUCACAUUGGUUGUGAGGUUGUUUUAGUGAAUCGUGCACUUGAUAUGGAACUUCGGAAACUUGAGGAAAGAGUGCAUUUUAUGUCCAUGAAUUACCAUGCUUUGGACAGGACCUUGAAUACUAGACUUCUGGUUCAAAAAAUUGCCAAGCUUAUUGUUGAAAGAAUGGGAGGACCUGUUUCUGACGUUGAAGACAUUGAAUACAUAAUUGAUCUGAUGGGAUCGCCGGGCACACUCAUUCCUGCUGAGGUACCUAGUGGUCAUCCACUAAAUUUUGGGUUAGAGGCAAGGAGUAUUUCCACUUUUGCUGGUACUGACAGCAUGUUGGGUACUGGAGAAUCUAAUGAAGGGAUUAAGAUUAGUUUCUUUAAACCAAGUGUGGAUGAAACUCAGAAAGUUGCUAGUUCAAGUUCAGAAUCAUCUGCCAUUGCCAUGAAAUCAAAUAUCAAAGGCGGGAAAAUAUCACGAAAAAUGCAGACCAAGCAGUUCGAACAUGAUCAUCGUGAUCUCUAUGUUCCACCAACUCUAUAUGAAGAUUCAUCAUAUGCUAGGAACUAUAGAUUAAACGGACUGGACUCAUGUCCUGAAGAUGCUUCCUAUUAUGCUUCUAGUGCCGCCAGGGAAGCAGAAUUCCAUGGGGAAGUUCCUACCUUAUGUACGGAGGAGUGUGCUCUCACACCCAAUAAUUUUUCUUUAAACAUGAAUAACGAUGAUAUUAGGGAAGACAAAAUGCUGGAAAGAAAUGGUCAAAUGAGGAGAGGCAGAUUGGUUGACCAGUGCCAUGCAGAGAUAAAUUUGACUACAAAUGAGCACCCUCUUGUACCUGAUACUGGGUUGCAGUUGUUUAACCUGUCCUGUAACAGUAGCAGAGAGCAGUCAGCUGUAGGAUUGGGUACACAACUGUUUAAACAGGACUCAGAAGGAAAUAACAUGGCUCUCAAUAUUCCAGGGGAACAAAAUGUGCUUGUGCGUGAUAGAAAUGAGGGGAUUAUGAUCGAUUAUGAUACUGUGAUUGGUAGAGAACUUGCUGAUUUUUCUGGAAAUGCAGAAGCUAUGUUAAUGUCUGGCAAUGAUCACUCAAAUGUUAACAUGAUCCACGACGUGCAAAUUGAUCCUGUGCUAAAUGGAGUUGCCGAGAUAUUAUGGGAGGAUCUUCAAAUUGGUGAACGCAUUGGUAUAGGGUCAUAUGGUGAGGUCUACCGAUCGGAAUGGAAUGGAACGGAAGUUGCAGUGAAGAAGUUUAUGAACCAAGAUAUCUCAGGUGAUGCACUUGCACAAUUUAAAUGUGAGGUUGAGAUCAUGAUGAGGUUGAGACAUCCUAAUGUUGUUCUUUUCAUGGGAGCUGUGACGCGGCCCCCAAAUUUGUCUAUAUUGACAGAAUUUCUUCCAAGGGGUAGUUUAUAUAAGCUGCUACACCGUCCAAAUAUCCAAAUAGACGAGAAAAGGCGUAUAAAAAUGGCGAUCGAUGUGGCAAAGGGAAUGAACUAUUUGCAUACAAGCCAUCCAAUCAUUGUGCACCGAGAUCUGAAGACUCCAAAUCUCCUUGUUGAUAAAAAUUGGGUGGUUAAGGUUUGUGAUUUUGGAAUGUCGCGUCUUCAGCACCAUACCUUUCUAUCUUCAAAGUCAGCUGCUGGGACGGCCGAGUGGAUGGCCCCAGAGGUCCUGAGGAACGAACCAUCUAAUGAGAAAUCUGAUGUAUAUAGUUUCGGUGUCAUACUAUGGGAGCUGGCAACUCUGCUAGUACCAUGGACAGGGAUGAACUCGAUGCAGAAACCCACAGGUACGGCCUUCUUUUGCACAGAUUAUUACCCGACUCAAGGGUCUGCAACGCCUCAGUGUAAAGCUGUAGAGAAUAGGGAAAGAGCUUGUUUUGGACCCAAAAAUCAAGCCCUGUCUGACUCCUUCCCCUUCUCGUGGGCCGCCGGCGACGCUGUAGAGUUCGGCUCGAGGCUGUUCGUCACGGGGGCCUGCUUCUCGCUGUUCGUGGGCCUUCCCGUUUCUUGGUUUGGGUCGGUUGGCCCCAAAUCCGAGCCCGUUAGGCUCGUUUUGGCCGCCGCUUCGAGUGGACUCUUUGUGGUGAUCCUUGCUGUGGUGAGGAUGUAUUUGGGCUGGGCCUAUGUUGGAAACCGGCUAUUGAGUGCCACUGUGGAAUAUGAAGAGACAGGUUGGUAUGAUGGCCAGAUAUGGGUAAAGACUGCUGAAGUUUUGGCUCGUGAUAGGCUUCUUGGUUCAUUCUCUGUGAAGCCAGUCCUGGGCCGGCUCAAGAACACGCUAAUUGUUCUCGGGUCAUCGUUGUUUGUUUGCAUACUCAUCCUCAUUAGCUCCGAGGGCUCCCAAAAAGCAGAGUACAUUACAACAUCACAAGAGCCCGGAGGAAGAGCCGUGCUCGGAAUUUACAACGAUGAUUCUGCAAGAAACUUUGAGCCUGAUGCUUUUUGUGGUGAAUCCCCUAAUGUUUCUUCUUAA